AUGUCUUCAAACGAGGAAGCAGGGGAUAAUGUAAUAGAAGAAAACGUCGAUGUAGUAGAAGAAACUCCAGCUGAUAACGAAAAUACAAACGAAACUCCAGUUGAAGAAAAUAACGUUCCUGAAAAAAUGGAAAACACAGAAAAUCCUCCAGAAUCUACUGAAAAUCAUGAUGAACCUGCUGAAUUUACUAAAGAAGAAAAAGAAAAGAGCAGCUCAAGUUCAUCUGAUGACGAAAAUGACAAAGAUAAGGAAAAAGAGGACAAAAAAGAGGGAAAGAAGUCAAGCUCCUCGGAUGAAGAAAAAGAGAAAAAGAAAUCUAGUUCUUCUUCUGAUGAAGAAAAAGAUAAAGAGCAAAAGGAAGAAAAUGCAGAAGAGCGCAAAGAAGAAAUAGAAAAUGGUGAAAUACAUGUUGAAGAAGAAAAGAAGAAGUCAAGUUCUUCAUCAGAUGACGAAAAAGAUAAAGAUAAGAAGAAAUCAAGUUCUUCUUCUGAUGAAGAGAAGGACAAAAAGGAAGAAAAUGCAGAAAACACUACAGAGGAAAAGGAAAUUCAUAUAGAAGAAGAGAAAAAGAAAGCAAGUUCUUCUUCUGAUGAAGAAAAAGAAAAAGAGAAGAAAGAGGAAGUCUUAGAAGAAAAUUCUGAAGAAAAGGAGCUUAAGGAGGCUAAUGUCGAGGAAGAAAAGAAGAAAUCAAGUUCAUCUUCAGAUGAAGAAAAAGAAAAGGAAAAUAAAGAAGAAGUUCCUGAAGAAAGCAAAGAGGAAUCCAAAGAAAUACAUGUCGAAGAAGAAAAGAAGAAAUCCAGUUCUUCAUCAGAUGAUGAAAAAGAUAAAGAUAAGAAGAAAUCAAGUUCUUCUUCUGAUGAAGAGAAGGACAAAAAGGAAGAAAAUGCAGAAAACACUACAGAGGAAAAGGAAAUUCAUAUAGAAGAAGAGAAAAAGAAAGCAAGUUCUUCUUCUGAUGAAGAAAAAGAAAAAGAGAAGAAAGAGGAAGUCUUAGAAGAAAAUUCUGAAGAAAAGGAGCUUAAGGAGGCUAAUGUCGAGGAAGAAAAGAAGAAAUCAAGUUCAUCUUCAGAUGAAGAAAAAGAAAAGGAAAAUAAAGAAGAAGUUCCUGAAGAAAGCAAAGAGGAAUCCAAAGAAAUACAUGUCGAAGAAGAAAAGAAGAAAUCCAGUUCUUCAUCAGAUGAUGAAAAAGAAAAAGAGGAGAAAGAAGAAAAGAAGAAGUCAAGCUCAUCCUCAGAUGAUGAAAAAGAGAAGAAAGAAGAAAAUCCUGAAGAAAAGAUUGAUGAAGAGGAAAAGAAGAAAUCAAGUUCUUCAUCAGAUGAUGAAAAGGAGCCAAAAGAAACUGAAGAUGUUCAAGCUGAAGGUAAAGAGAGAGAAUUCAUCCCCGAAAAUAUGACUCAAGAAGAAUUUGAUGCAAAAGAGAUUGAAGAAAAAGAAAGACAAUUUAAUCUUGAACAUCAAGAUACAAUUGGCGAAUUAACUCCAUCCGAAACUAAUGCAGGAUUAGUGGAAUUUGGAGGAACUCGUCAUUUCAUACCCAACUCCGUCAAAACUUCAUCAACUGUUUCAACUGUCGCAACUAGUCUAAAUUCAGAUGGAGAAGAUGAAGAUAUUGAGCCCCCUGAUCAACCACCUUUCAACUGUAUCAAUGCUUACGAUGGAACUAUUGGUCCAAGAUACUUAGUCGAUGAGAAUGGCGAACAAUUAUCUCCACCUGUCAUUUUCUUCCCUGAAGUCAUUGAACCAACAACUCCAAUGAUCACAACUCUCAUUGGAUCGAAGCCAUCAACGCCAAGAUCAAAUACAAGAACAUAUUCACCAGUAUACCAAGCUCAAAAUCCACAUAACAGAUCUCUUGAAGCUACAAAAGAAUCAAUAGCUUUACUUGAAUUAUUCCUUCAUCCAAAGAAGACAAAAUCGAAGAAGAAGAAAUUAUUUACAGAUCUUGAAAAUUGGAAGACUGCUGUAGAUGCAACAGGAAUGACUCCUCUCCAUCAUAUUGCUGCAAAUCCAGCAAUGACAGAGAAAGCUUUGGAAUUAAUUGCUGCUGGAGCUGAUGUCAACCAAGUUGAUAAGAAGAGAAAUACUCCAUUGCAUACAGCUGCUUUGGCCAAAAACGCUCAAAUGAUCAAUAUUUUAUUGAGAGGAGGAGCAAAUCCAAAUAUCGCGAACUACGAUGGUUAUACUCCUCUUCACAUUGCAAUUAUGAAGGGUGAUUGUUCUACUGUUGCAGCAUUAAUACAUCCUAAAGAAAACUGUAGUGUUCUUACAAGAGAUGGAAGAUCUCCAUUUUAUCUUGCUGUUGAAUUUUGGAACGAGAAAAUCAUAAAGAUGCUAAUUGAUGUCGAUCCAAAGAUUGAUACUUCAUAUCCUGAUAGAGAUCAGAGAACUCCUUUAGAUAUAAUCAAACCAGAAGAAAAUGCAAGAUAUAAUUUCUUAUCGAAGCUGUUAAAGUUAGAUAGACCAUCUUCGUCAAAAGGUGGCCGCCGCUGUUAA